AUGCGUGGCAUUGGAUGCAAAUGGCGAGUUAAGAACGUGGAAGGUGUCCCCGCGACAUCUCGCGCAGGAGAGUUCCGGACACGGUUCUUCUCUUUAACUUUAACGGCGGAGGUGCCUGACCGGAACAGUCGCUUUGUGUUGCUUUCGGCCAUUACUUACUCGCCGCCAUUGUUGUUGGCGCGGGAAUCUCUCGCCCUCAAUCGUGGCUUCCAAUGUUUGCCUCCUUCCUCCGGAAAGGGUACACAUGAGGAAUAUCCGGGGAUACUGCUGGCAUCAAUUUCUCCGUCGACGUUUGAGACCGCAGCUCACUCGGCAGUCAAGAGUGCAAAAGGGACAUUGGUCUCUCGCUAUGCGCAGCUCUACAACGCAUUCUUUGCGUCAGCGUUGAUUCAUCGCGUUGGCGCUCUAAACAUGCCGUGCUCACUUCUAUCCAUGAAUCAGUCCUACUUCUUCGUGGUACAGCCAGUCGCUAUCACGAUUGAAGACUCUACCAUCUACCUAGGCAAGAGAUUCGGGCUGAAAGACACAUGGAGAACUAGAGCGGUCGGAUAUGUCUGGGUGAGUUGUUCCUUGAGCUUCACUCGUCGCUACGCGAUCAAGGCGAUCAUGGGAGCAGGGAUGGGCUCGAUGUGGCACUCGUUGGUGGCCAAAUUUAGCCUCAUGGAGCGCAUGCUGGGAUAG